AUGUCUUCUGCUCCAGGGCGCGGCCAAGACGACCUGUCGAGGCAUCACAACUUAUCCACAGGACCUUCUGGCUUCUCAAUUGAGAUGGACCCCAGGAACUCUGCCAGGCUGGAUCAUAUGCCUCACACACCAGACAACGUCGCCAUGGAUCGUUAUUCUGCAAACCCCGCCAUGGGAAUGCAGCGAUUGCCUCCUCCGCAAGGUCUACUCGCGGGAGCACCCAGCGGACCAGACACGUUUCGGCCAUCUUCUCAAGAUCCUCAUUCAUAUUUUCACCCUCACUCUUAUCCUCACAAUAACGUUGGCCAUGCAAUUUCGCCCCCUCUUAUGUCUCCUCCACACAUGCCGUUUGCCGGCGCCAUCCCUCCCCAGCAGCCCUAUCCUCCCCAUCAGAUGACUGGGCAAGGCCAACCACCUCAGAUGUAUCCACCAGUAGCAGCUGGGAGGCCGGACAACACGACCGAUCCGCGAUUGUCACAGUACCCUCCGGGCAUGAGCCAUAUGAACCGCCAAACGACACCGCCGCGAUCCUACCAACAUCCUGAGAGCGGCGUCCCGCCGUCUUUUGUUGCGAGACACGACCAAGACACUCCCAUGACGGAAUCGUCAUACGAGCCAGAGCCUGCACGGCCUGCAAGGCCUGCAAGGCCUGCAGGUCGAUUGCCAUCCCAGACUUCAGACAGCGCAGGACCCCCGGCGGCUCAGGUCCCAAAUCUACUAGCUGCUAACAAGGCCAAGUUCUUGAGUGACAUCAGCUUUGAGCUCAAGAUGCGCCAGCAGCCAAACGCGGCACGGGCUUGUGGGUUUGGUGAUAGAGAUCGAAGAGUCAUUGAUCCGCCUCCGAUUGUGGAGCUCGUGGUUAGAAACCCGAAAUUUACACAAGAAGAAAUCAGAGUAUAUUUGAGGUACGAGAGCUAUGUCAUGAGCUGCGCCAUAUUUGACGAGUCAGGGGAGCGUGACUCUUCCUACAUGCCCGAGGAAUACCAGCAUCAACGACGGCUGAUGGGUUCUCUCGUUUCAACGCCAUUUGUGGGACAGGACGAGAACGGACAGGAGGGGUGCUUCUUCUGCUUCUCCGAUCUUUCAUGCCGCACGCCGGGCUCGUUUCGAUUAAAAUUUACAUUAAUGAUGAUAGACCCAAGCCGGGCCGGGACGGUCAAGCACUUUCCCAUCCUGGCGGAGAUCAAGAGCGAGCCCUUUAAGGUUUACAGCGCCAAAGAAUUUCCCGGCAUGGUGGCCAGCAGCAGUCUAGCCAAGCGUUUGAAAGAGCAAGGAUGUAUAAUUUCAAUCAAGAAAGGAAACGAUAGAGGGCGAGGCUCCAGAAACAACGAUGAUGGCUCCGACAACGAUGAUGAUGACGAUGGGGAAGCAUCGCAAAGCCAGAGGAGGAGACGACCGACACGAAACUAA